ACACUAGUCCGAUAAAUUAAGAGAAAAUAAUAUAAUGUAAAGAAGAAGAAAACAGAAACAUAUAUAUACAUUCUAGAUAAAACUCUUCUUAAAAAAGUUCUAUUUCUUAGGAAAAAUAAGAAUAAUAAAUGAUUCCUCCUGUUGUUAAAAAUAGAUCACCUUUUUUAGGAGUUUCUAGAAGUAAUUAAAUAUCUAAUAAUUCUAGUAGAGAAAGUUCGCAAAUGAACGAUUAUUCAUAAAAUAAUAAAACAAAUAGUGAUUAAAAAAAAAUUCAAGUUAAAAAAAUUCCUAAUUUUGCCAAAAGAUAAACUAAUAAUAAUUGAAACUUUUUAUCAAUUAUCUGAAUAAUUAAUAGCAGAAUAUAAAGAAUAAUUUAUUUAAUAUGCAAAAGAAACCGGAAACGCUGAUUCAAUAUAAUAUAGGGAACUACAAGGUUUAUUCGCGAAAAUAAAUAUAUCCAAAACAGAAGAAGAAAUUCAAGAAAUGUUACAAGACUUUGAACCAGAUCAAUAAAAUUAUAUAACUUUUCCAGAAUUUUUAAGUUUAGUUGCUAGAAAAAUGAAAGAUACAGUAACUGAUGAAGAACUUUUGGAAGCUUUUAAAGUUUUUGAUAAGGAUGGAAGUGGAUUUAUUAACGCAGCUGAAUUACGAAAUUAUAUGUGUAAACUUGGAGAACCUUAAACAGAUGAUGAAAUAGAUGAUUUAAUUAAAGAAUGUGUUGUUAAUUCUGAAGGAAAAAUUAAUUAUGUGGAUUUUGUUUAAAGUUUAAUGCCAAAAUAAUGA